UACAGAAAGAGUAGAUAAUGUUUAAAAGAGAAAGCAGUGGAAUUCAAAAGAUUUGAUGUUGUCUUUGAACAACAACCGAAGUUCAUGUCAAUGAUAGACCAAAUGGACAUGUUGGGAGAAAUUGUUGAAGCCAGUUAUAUAUAGGCUAGGGAAAAGAGGGAGAUUAGUAUGAAACAUGAUUCAGACUCGAACCCCUGUCAUGAUAUACGCAGUAUAUGUCAGCUUAAGGAUGGCUGAAUACAAUAAUAAAAGCUUAAACGUCUUGACAUGACCUCAUUUAAAAUAUUAGAUGUCUGUCAACUUCCAAGAUCCCCGUGGCAAAUUUGUGAAGUUGACAAUGAGAUAGCUGUAUCCUCCAGUUGGAUAAACAUCGACAUUGUAACUACAGAAGGUCCUCUUAAAGUAGCACGGGAAAUAAAAACUGAUCAUCGCUGUUUUGGUUUAGGGUACAAAAAUGGAAAAUUGUAUGUUACUGAUUUAAUGGAGACUAUGUUUGUCUACAACAAGACAGGGACAAUGCUGAUACAAUUUUCCAAAGAUCAGUCAGGUAACAACUUGUUUAACAAUAUCUACAGUCUUACAGUCAGUCAAGAUGGCGAGAGGAUGUAUGUUGCUGACAAUCGAUAUGGUCUUGUAGUACUUAGUAAGGAAGGUAAAUUACAUGGAAAAUAUAAACGUUCCAACCUCAGAAAUGCAAGGGAGAUUUGUGAAACAGACAGUGGAUAUAUACUUGUUUGCGGUGAAUCAUCUAACAUAAUUGUACAAUUUUCUCCAAAUGGUGAGGUGAUAGGAGAAAUACUUACAUCAGAUGGAAAAGCAGGAGGUUGUCGGGCGGUCUGCUAUGAUCGAAAUCACAAGAGGCUGAUAGUUGGACGACGAGAUCGGGAUUAUAUAGAAGUUUACGACAUGAAGUGGACAAUAAAGAACAAAUGAUAUCUAAACUUUCAUGGAAGUUAAUCAAUAACUGACUCAUUGAUCAAAUUUCAAGACGUCUGUAAUGAUAUUCUCUUAAGAUAAUCUUAAGGAAGAAUCUUACUCAAAAUGAAUGAAAAUUUAUUUAUGAAUAAAUUUCAUCCUGGAAUUGAUAUUUAAUAAAAAAAAAUAUCAUUGUAAAAGAUAACUCUUCAUGAAUUCAAUAAAGCUAAUUCUAAAAUACUUAAGAUAUAGUAAAAUUGUAUUUCCAGUUGAUUGUCUUAAAUUUAUUUGAUCAAAAGAACAAAAAUGAAUGUCUAAAAUUGAAAUUGUUACGUCAUACACUUUUGGUGUCAUAUAAAGGUCACAUUAAAAGUAAUUAAUUAAAAGUUUAAUAAUCAAUUAUUUUCUAUCAUCAAUUCAUUUGGUAAAGUAAUUUCAUAAGUAUGACGAAGACAGCUUGAAUCCCCUAUCAGAUAAUGUGCCGUCAUUUUCGUUAUACAAACAUAGUGUAAGGGGGGCGCUAAAUGUUUGCGUUAAUGAAAAUGAUUCUUUUGUGCCUUAAACAGUAUUUAA